AAUUAUUGGAUUGUCGCGUCGCCAGGCAUCACAGUCAAACUUUUGCCAUACGUUCGAGAUACCCUUUUCCGUUAUAUUUGUCUCGGUCUCAGGAUGUCGAACAACCCCACUCAGAUCUUUGCGGACGAUGUGACGGAGGAGAAGGGAGAAAAUGCUCGUCUCUCUGCCUUCGUCGGAGCUAUCGCUGUCGGUGACCUUGUGAAGAGCACUCUGGGACCAAAGGGCAUGGACAAGAUAUUACAGUCGGCCUCUACUGGAGAGAUCAUGGUUACCAACGACGGUGCUACUAUCCUAAAGGCGAUCGCCCUCGAUAACGCUGCUGCGAAAGUGCUUGUCAACAUCUCGAAAGUUCAAGACGACGAAGUCGGCGAUGGAACCACAUCCGUUACUGUCCUUGCCGCAGAGCUCCUCCGGGAAGCAGAGAGGCUAGUGGACCAGAAGAUACACCCUCAGACGAUCAUAGAAGGUUACAGAAUAGCAAGCGCAGCUGCCCUUCAGGCUUUGGAGAAGAUUGCCGUGGAUAACAGCAAGAACGAGGUUGCUUUCAGGAAAGAUCUUGAGGCUAUUGCCAGGACCACACUGAGUUCCAAAGUUCUCAGCCAGGACCGGGACCAGUUCUCGAAACUCGCCGUGGACGCUGUGCUUCGUAUGAAGGGUUCGACCGAUCUCACACACAUUCAGAUCAUCAAGAAGGCAGGAGGAAAGCUGAAGGACUCCUACUUGGACGAGGGCUUCAUUCUGGACAAGAAAUUCGGUGUGAACCAGCCCAAGCGGAUAGAGAACGCCAAGAUUCUCGUUGCCAACACUUCUAUGGACACGGACAAGAUCAAGAUCUUCGGUGCAAGAGUCAAGGUGGAUUCCACGGGACAACUCGCAGCGCUUGAGAAGGCGGAGCGUGACAAGAUGAAGGCUAAGGUGGAGGCUAUCAAGGCACACGGAAUCAACUGCUUCGUUAACAGGCAGUUGAUUUACAACUGGCCGGAGCAGCUCUUCGCAGACGCAGGCAUCUGCUCCAUUGAGCACGCGGAUUUCGAUGGAGUUGAGCGUCUGGCACUCGUCACAGGAGGCGAGAUCACGUCAACAUUUGACCACCCAGAGAACGUCAAGCUCGGCACAUGCGACCUGAUCGAAGAGGUCAUCAUUGGAGAGGACACCCUGAUCCGAUUCUCGGGUGUUGCGGCGGGCAGGGCUUGCACCAUCGUACUCCGCGGAGCCACUGAGCAGCUUCUCGACGAAGCCGAGCGCUCUCUGCACGAUGCCCUGGCCGUUCUCUCGCAGACCGUGAAGGAGCCUCGAACAACACUGGGCGGUGGAUGCGCCGAGAUGGUCAUGUCCAAGGCCGUCGCGGAGGCAGCCCAGAACGUUGCCGGAAAGAAGGCGAUCGCGGUCGAGUCCUUCUCCAAGGCUCUCCAGCAAUUACCGACGAUCCUUGCCGACAACGCUGGUUUCGACUCGAGCGACCUCGUUGCCCGACUCCGCAAAGCAGUGUACUCUGGAUUGACCAGCUCGGGUCUCGACCUGCUCACACCUGGAGGUGGCAUUGCCGACAUGAGGGAGCUAGGCGUUAUCGAGAGUUACAAGCUGAAGCGCGCGGUUGUUAACUCGGCAUCGGAGGCAGCAGAGUUACUGCUUCGGGUCGACAACAUAGUCAAGUCCGCGCCAAGGAGGAGAGACCGCAUGUAAAACAAAGAUUUCGCCGCCCCCAAACAAAAAUCCGCUUGAAUCCAUAGAUACUACCGGACAGAGGUAUUAUAGAAAGUAUUUCGUCUGUCACUGGUCCCGGACACUGCUCGUUUAGAUAGAGGUGUACAUUAUCCGUGCGACUAUCACAAAUGAUGAUUACAAUCCAAUGGAAUACCAGUAGUGAGGAUCAAUCUCGUGCAUCAGCUUUCUCUCAUUACUCAUAUUCAUCCUUUGUUCGGUUUUCAAUUAGGAAAUCUCGAAAGCGUUUUGAAAUGCUGGUCGUGAUGCUAGCCACCUACGUACCGUGGGGCGCGACAACACAAUAAUACAUCGUCGG